AUGGGGCGCCUCCUGAGCCUGACCGCCGCGCGCCUCGCGCCCACGCUCGCCGGUGCCGCGCCCGGCGGCGCGCUGUUCGACGUGGCGUGCUGGGGCUACUGGAACGGCAGCCUCGCCGCCAACGCCUCCAUCGGCGCAGACCCAUCUUACGAGUUGACAGGCGGCGCCUCCAUGUCUGCGGGCGGCACGCGCAUCGCCGCCGUGCCGCCGUCGCCGUCCGCCGUCGCGGCCGUCGGCGUGCCGUCGCUGCUGACGCAGUGGCAGGCGCGCGGCGCGGAGGCGGCCGCGGCUGCGUUGGCGGCGCGCGGGGGCGGCGUAGACUGGGGGGAGCCGGGGCGGGGCGCGUACGCGGUCGCGCCCGACGCGGCGUACGGCGGGGGCGACGCGGGGCUGCUGCGGCUGCUGGUGCUUGAGUGGCGCGGCGUGCAGGGCGGCACGGCGCUGUGGGUCGCGGACGAGCGCGGGCCCUGGGAGUUGGAGCCGGGCACGCUGUGGGUGCCGCCUGUCGGCGCGAGUGUUGGCACCUAA